AAAACAAUGCAAGGUUAGAAAUGUGACUUGACGUUUUUUUUUUACGAAAGGAAAUUUUGACACAUCAUUCAAAAACAAGAAAUUCCUAGAAACAUUGUUCAUCCCCUCGAGAACAACCUGUUCAUCAAAAUUGUUCAUUCCCAUCAAAAUUGUUCAUUCCCACGACAACAAGCUGUUCAUCAAAAUUAUUCAUUCCCAGAAAAAUUGUUCAUCGGAGAUAUUGUUCAUCAAAAUUUCCAGAAAAAUUCACAAUCAAUCUCGGCGACGGCGUUCAUCCAGCGACAACAAGCUUUUCUACCAUGGGGACAGAUCUGGAUGACAAACAAUAUUUCGUCGAUAUUGCUGAAGAGAGAGACGAUCCCUCGCAUCAGCCAAACCAUGAGGAAGCUCUUCGCCACCAAUGGAUCUCCUUCUUUCCUUGACAGACUCAAAAAUCUUCCCAAAUAUUUCCCCGCCACUAACGCCAAACGCGAUGCCUCUCUGCUCAUCGGAAGAACUCCUCUCGUGUUUCUCAACAAAGUCACUGAAGGAUACGAAGCUUACAUUGCAGCCAAGCAAGAACAUUUCCAGCCCACUUGUAGCGUCAAAGACAGAGCUUGUCCUCACUGACCUAGCCAAAGGAAUGGGUGGAACUGUUAAGAAAGCUUAUGACCUCCUUCAGAAUACUCCUGAUGCUCAUAUGCUGCAACAGUUUGCUAAUCCAGCAAACACUCAGAUUCAUUAUGAUACUACUGAGAUUUGGGAAGAUACGCUUGGGAAUGUCGAUAUCUUCGUGAUGGGAAUUGGCAGUGGAGGCACAGUCUAUGGCGUUGGCCAAUACCUUAAAUCUAAAAACCUCAAUGUCAAGAUAUAUGGAGUUGAGCCUGCUGAAAGUAACAUACUCAACGGUGGCAAGCUUGGUCCACAUGCUAUCACAGGAAAUGGGGUUGGAUUUAAGCCGGAUAUCUUGGAUAUGGAUGUUAUGGAGAGCGUUCUUGAGGUAAUUGAGGAUGCUAUAAAGAUGGCUAGAGAAUUGGCUUUGAAAGAAGGUCUCAUGGUUGGGAUAUUGUUUGGGGCUAACACUGUGGGAGCAAUUAGACUUGCGAAAAUGCCAGAGAACAAAGGCAAACUAAUUGUGACGGUUCAUGCAAGUUUUGGAGAGAGAUACCUGUCGUCUGUUCUGUUUGAUGAGCUGAGGAAAGAAGCAUAAUCGGUUUUGUUUGGUUUGAUGAAGAUUGACUCUUUCCUAUAAGAUCUCAUCUUGGGAGCAAAAGAUUUCAAAAAAAGACACAGCCCACCCUAAUAAAAGUGUCAUAAGUAAAAUGUUUGUUUUCUCUUCAUAUUUGGAUACUUGAAGAAUAAUUAUGUUAAUGUUGGAUACUGGAAAUAAAAAUUAAAAAUGUUUUUUACAGGUUAAAAAAGGGAUUUUGCGCUGAUAAUUUAAUUAACUGAUUUUUAUGAAAC